AGAGGGACGCUCAGAGAAACUUUCUGGGGGGGAGCACUCUAGGGAACUAUCUGGGGGGAAGCACUCUAGGGAACAAGAGCGCGAGGAACAUAUGGUGGAGCUGGAGUACUCCGAAAAUAAACGUUCAGGCAUGGGGGAACGUUUAGGCAGUUCAGGCACGGGGGAACGUCCAGGCAGUUCAGGCACGGGGGAACGUUUAGGCAGUUCAGGCACGGGGGAACAUUCAGAUUUGGGAGAACGUUCAAAUUCAGACUCGGGGGAACAUUCACGUUCAGACUCGGGGGAACGUUCAGCCUCAGGGGAACGUACAGCCUUGGGGGAACAUUCAGCCUUGGGGGAACAUUCAGUCUCGGGGGAACAUUCAGUCCCGGGGGAACAUUCAGUUCCUGGGGAACAUUCAGGUGAGGAGGAACGCUUUUUUUGGUCUAAGCUUUUUAUUUCAGUAUUUAUCAGCCAAUUAGACGGAACUCAUGACGUGAUAACGCGAUCAGUGUUUAUUUUUCAUAGUGUGUGUAUGUGCCCGCACAGGCGCGGAAAACAUUGGGUAGCCUAUAUUAACGGCCAUUCGGCUUUACUUAAUGAUUUAGAUAAGAACAUAUAUGGAAAAACUUCAG